GUCUGUGAUUGGACGAGAGGCGUGUGGAUCACGCAAGUUCAGGAGGCAAGUUCUUAAGUUGGAUGGAGAGACUCAGAAGUAGCUGCUGUAUGUGUGACAGACUGUGGCGUUUGAAGUAAAGCGGUACCACGCCACGGAGAAAGGCAAAGCCUCUAGGGGGCCAUGUCAGGUGGCAGCAGUGCUAACAACAGCUGGACCAUCCUCACUCCUGAGGAGACUGUCGCUGAAACCCUGAAGCCUUUGGCAGAGGAGACCGAGCACCAUGAAGAAAGCCUUACAUCUAUAUCAGGUUCUGGGGAGAACCACCCUGAAAAUGGUGCAGAGUUUGCAGAGGGGCGGAUCCCUGUGGAUGGUCACCUGGUAUUAGAAGAAAAAACUGCAGAGCUAAAUGGAGACAGAAGCACAGAGCAACACACCGCCUUAUCUGAUGCCACCCCUGUUCACACCUUUUUGGAAGUAUCUGACAGCUUUGUCCCUGGCAAGGAUGCAUUCAGCAGGUCAGAGCAACUACCUGACUCCUACGCCCACAUAACCCCCUCCCCUGAUGAGCCCCCAGCCUCACUGCUGAGCACAGAGACUCUGGGAGGGGUGGAGUUUACACAGGAGGAAGAGAGGCUCGCAGAGGAAGGAAUGCGGCAUCCGUUAAACGGGGAUGGGCUACAACAGGAAGGGGAGGAGUCAGAUCUGUCUCUGAGGACGAUUGAUGUAGGGAAACAGGCAGACUCCCCUGUGGCUACAGAAGAGAGUGACGAGAGGACUGAGAAGAUGGGAGAGGAAGGAGAGCCAGAGGUGAGGAGAAGGAGGUCUCUCUUAGCAGCUCUGGAGCGGAUCGGAAGGACAGAGGAGGAAGAGGAAGGAGAGGAAGAGUUCCAGCUGCCACAGCGCGACGAAGACAGCGGGUUCUCUGUGAACAAGUGCAUCCUGGGUGCUGUCAUUCUGGUAGGCCUUGGCACCAUCUUUUUCUCAGGUGUCUUCAUGGACCUGAAUGAGGAGAGUGAUUAUGUGACAAGGGAGCUGAAAGACGCAGAGUUACCAGGGAAACAGGAGUGGCUUAAUCCAGAGGUUCCUCCACCGCCAGUAGAUGCUGACAGUACAGAGCUUCUAAAUAAGCUACAAGCCCAACUUCAGGCACAGAAAGAAGAGCUAAAUGUAGCCAAGGGACAGGCAGCAGAGGGAGCAAAGGAGCGGCUGCGGUGGGAGGAGGUGGAGAAGGAAAACAGUAGGUUGAAGAAAGAGAUGGCAUCUCUCCCUGUCCUUCAGAAAGAGAACGAGAGGAUGAAGAGAGAGCUGGAGUCUGUCCCGGCCCUACAGAAAGAACUAGAAACACUGAGAUCUACUGUGACUGAUUUAAAACUCUCCUCAGUAACCAGCAAAGCAGUUCAAGCACCUGUGAAGCCUACUACAUCGCCCUCCAGUGGCCAGCCAGAGGACAGCACGCAGGACACCACUGGAUCUACAGACAGACAGGCUAGGAAGCCAUGGGAUGAACAGAGGGAGAAAAAGAAAGAUAAAAAUGACAUGGGUGAGAAGAAGGAGGGGAAAGAGAGAGAAAAAUCUGAAUGGAUGGAAAGAGAGAAACAGGAGCGCAAAGAUGGAGGUAAAGCCGAAUGGAAAAAGGGAAAGUUUGACAAGGAGAAGGAUAAGGAAGGUAAGCUAAAGAGGCACAGUGAUGAGCCAAGACAACGGAAGGAAAAAGACUGGAAGAAAGAAAAGACUAGCAGAGGUGAUGAAGGAAAGCCAUGGAAGGAUAGGGAAGCAAAGAAAGAGUGGAUAGAAAAUGGUAAGAGAAAAGAAUUGAAGGAGGAGAAAUACUGGAAAAAGGCAAAGCAUGAGCAAGUGAAGGAGGAUCAACAAUGGAGUGGAAAGGAGGAGAAGGAAUGGAAGGUAGAAAAUAACCAGGGAAAGAAGGGCAAGGAGGAAUGGAAGGGAGAGAAGGAAUGGAAGAAAGGGAAAGAUGGCUUCAAGGAAAGUGGCAAAGAGAAAUGGGAGAAAAAAGAUUGGAAAGAAAAGAGAGAGUGGAAGAAAGACAAUGACUGGAAGAGUAAAAACGGCAAAGAUCAUAGUAAAGAAGGGAAAGGAAAGGGUGAAAGGAAACAGUGGGAGGAGAGCAAACAUCAUGGUAAAGAAAGGAAGGGAAAGGAUGAGGGGAAACACUGGAACGAGAACAAGUGGAAAAGUAAAGAUGAUAAGGAAUGGAAGAGGAAGGAUGAGAGCAAACAGUGGGAAGAGAAAGAAGAGCAUUGGAAGAGAGGACAGAAAGAAAACAAGCACAAUGGAAACUGGGAAAAGGACAGAUCAAGCUCCCAGAAACACAAAGAAGAGCACAAAUUUACCAGUAAUCAUGGCCACAAGGAAGAGCAUCUGUGGGGAGACAGAAAACCUCCUCACACACACCGACGACCCUCCCUGGAGCAGCCCGAGUACUGGGUCCAGCAGAGAGACCGCCUCCAGCACAACCUCAAACCCCCACAGAAGUGCGACUCACUGGAGACCUGUGCUCAGGCCGAGGGCCUGCUCCCUGUCCCCUUCCCUGAGUUCGAGGCCGUCCUCCAAACAUACCUGGCCAAGGCAGAGGAAGUGGGAGUGGAUGAAUUCAAAAGAGAAGAGCUCAAAAAAUUAGCUGCCGAAUUCUUCAAGACAGGAGUGUUUGUUCAUGACCAGAUGCGCUUUCAAGAGUUCGUUGAGGAUUUGGUAGAUAUCUUGGAAGACAUGGUGGAAGAGGGAGGGGAAGAGGAGGGGGAUAGUGCCAUAGAGGAAGAAAUGGAGGGGUUUGAAAGAGAAGUCAUGAAAAAGUUUUCAGUGCCAGGAGCUGGAGAGAAAGGGGAGAGAUCCAAAGGGGAGUGGGGGAAGGGGAGCGAACGAGGACGUGGCUGAUUAAGCGAUGGAUUUGAUGGAUCUGUUAAGAAGAGGUAAAAGACGGAUGAGAGGCUAUUCAAAGGGAACAUUUUACUUGCAUACAAGUAUACAUUUAUCAUGCUGACAUCCUUUUUACAGGAUCUUAUUUUACCCCUUCCAUCUGUCAGGCAAGAAGUUCUACUUUGGAUUUAAGUUCAUUGUUUUGGGUUGUUUUUAUAUUUUACCUCGCACAUUAGUGCUAAAAUACACCCUUUGCAUAUGGGGGAUUUAACCUGUUAGAUUGAGUUGGAUGUUACUCUGCUGUAUAGUCUUAUUCACACAUUACCACUCUUCCUCUGCAAACAGCACUAUGCACUGUUAAGGUCUAGCUAUUCACUGAUCAACAGUAUGUACUGUAUCUACAGUAUGCCAUCUUUAUGUAUUAGUGGCUUAACCUGUGUCUUAAUCUCAGAUUAUCUUUAGAUCAUUAGCAAACAGUUUGUAUAAAGGGUGGAGCAAGGUGAACUGCUGGAAAAAGGUUUAGUGAAUAUUUUAUGUGAAAUAAGUCUGGAUUGAUCUUGUCUGGGGUUUUAUUUAAAUGUUUGUACAUAUUGCAUAAAAUAUGUUUAAGAACUAUGCUAUAGUGCAGAAAUAUAUAACUAACUUAUAGAGGUUGCCAUAAUAUAGAUUAAAAAAAUAAUUGGUUGGCGCAUAUCAUGUUGAGCACGAAUGCUUCUUUUCAGGUACAGAACUUAUGUGCACUAAUGUCCUUAAUUAUUGUUUUACUAUGAAUGCAGCAUUUGUUUUGAUUGAUUAGGCUGGCCAUGGCACUUAGAAAACAUGCUUUUUGUAAACUUUCUUAUGUUUAUAUGCUAAUUUAUGAAGUGUUGCUGAUUCAAGGGUCUACAGCCACAUAGAUGUUUUUCAGUGUAUCAAUUCUGAACCACAUGCUGUGCGGGCUUUGUGGCAGCAUAGAGAAUACUGUGUGUUAGGUUAGGAUGUUCAUAUUUGCUACUAUUACUGUCGUAAGAACAUAAUAAAUUUGGCGCAACCCUGUGAUGAAAUAA